UCAGUUUUUUAUUCGCGAGUAGAGGCCAAUAAAUGGAAUUUCGUGUGAAUGAGUGCCAGUGUACACUCAAUAAUCAACACAAGUGCCCCUUCAAAGCUCGCGAUUAAAUAGUAAGUGCGUAUUAUUGACAGUGCUUCGAGAAGACUAGCCCAGAGUCUUGCGUGCACGAGUCACGGGGCAGGGGAGAGUGACAAACGUCAAAAAUGAGUGACUAACACAUUACCGCAGCAUAUUUUGCUCAUCGGAGUAGAAUAAUGAAGUAGGCAAGAGCAGGGAGAGACCUCGAAGUGAAUGUUCCGUGGAGUUUUGUGGGCAGAGCUGUGUUUAGUGUCACGAAAAUUAUGGAUAUCCAGGAAUAUUGGUGAUGAGGGGAACAAGGCGUUGCACCUAACCAAGAAACAGUGAUAGAUACAUAUCCGGACGUUCCGCCUCACAUGAUUUUUCGUGAUAUUUGUUGCAGCGUUGAUCGAUUCCCAAUUCAUCGCCAAUUUUAUCCAAUUUUAUUCAAAGAAACGUGCUGAUCUAAGGGGAAUACGCGGAAGGUGGACAAUUCUGAAUUCUCAGAGAACAUCGAGUGGAAUUAAUUGAUGUGACGGGUGGUGGGACUAUGGAAUUGAUGGUUAAAUGAUAUCCUGAAAAGAAAAUAACAUGGAGAAAUUCGCAGUUGAUCUUGAUAAAGUGCUCGAUGAUUUUGAGUUCAAUGAAGAUUGUGCAGAGCAAGUAGCAUCAACCGCCCCAGAGAAGGUCUCCCACUCAGACCAGAGAUCCAAGGACCCCGAUUUACCCCGUUACGAAGGCAAACCCAUAAAAAAUGUGGACGAGGAGAAGCCCUGGCACAGCAGAGGGCUGACCACCGACACAAUCGACAUUCGAAAAUCCGAGGGCCUUCACAACAACGGCGAAUCAGUCAACAAUUUUUCUCCCCGCAGCUACAAAAUAACCGACGACAAACUCCAAGAGAAAAAAGUCGUUGAUUUUCGAGAGAAUGACGAGCCCUCAACAAUUCACAACGACAUAACUCAAAAAUUGGUGCUGAAAAAGCAGAACGACAAUCAAACAGCCAAAAACCACAAUAGUUACGAUAAAAAAUUGAACCAGCCAAACAUAAAGCCAAGUGUCAGUAACGUUUUCAACAGUUUGAACGAAUACAUAAACGCAUCGACCACGAGUAUGGAGAAUAUAAGCUGCUCCAUAGAUUGUCAGAAGGAGAGAAAUGGCAAAUUUACGAUUAAUCCCGAGACUAAUGACGCCCAAACGUCAGAGGCUAAAAGAGCCCUGCGAGCAUUACCCGCUUAUCAGAAUAUUCUGUUGCCCAUGAAAUGCGAGCCAUGUGCGGCCACUCAAAAUCCAGACACUGAAAGUGACAUUAAUGACUCAACCACGACUGCUGGUCAGCAUCGAAAGCAGGGAGCAGUGGACUGUGCAGACCAUAUUUACGAAAAUGUACAAUUCGGCAAGAGUAUGCCAGCAUCGAAGACAUCGAGGGUUCAGGAAACCUCGAGAUCGUCGAGUCAAGACGAGGCAAAACACAUUUAUGAAAACGUUGACUUCGAUCAGUCGACUGCAGGAAAGGACGACAGCUCCAUAUACGCCUGCAUUUACAUUGGAAAUAAAGACAUGCCAGAGACGACAACUGAGCUUGAAAAAGCAGCCAAACGAUUGACCGAGCAAUUCCCGGAGAAUAUUGUCAGCGCAGUUGAGAAAAAAUCCUCAGGACGCGAGAGUGAAUCCCUUGUUUUUCAAAAUGUCAAUCUCAACACGAGUGAACGAAAACCCGUGGGUUUUUCCACUAUUGACGAUUUGUCGGAGGAGGAAUUGAAUAAGUAUCUGGCUGAAUUGGAGGCUGAGGAGAGGGCGAAGGAGGAGGCUGUUAUCUACGAGAAUCUCUCAGUACCUGGGCCAUCGUCAUCAGCUUAUCACAGUCUGAAGGAGCAGGCUCGAUGCAUUUCGAAUAAGCAUGCCGAUGAGGACGCCAAUGAGGCGCCGAUAUUCGAGAGUGUGACUAUUGGAGAACUUCCGAGGGUGUCUGAGCAGAAGCUCCAGGAGAAGGCGAAAAAAUUGAGGGUCAUUGAUUACAGCAAGAGUGGAACGAGCGCUGAAUCGAGUAAUUUUUUAGACCAGAAAACCCCGGAGAAAUUCACCGAUUGCGACAAGGGGGUGGCAGAUGCAAAGGGAAAAAUUUCUAACAGGACGGCUGUUGGUAGUAGACUGUCUGUGGAUGAGGUGGUGCCGGAGAAUGAACAGCAGAUUGAGAAGGCGAGGAAUUGCACUUCGCAGGGGAAACUAUCGAGAAUUAGUGAAGCAGGGGAUGCGAAUAAUUCUGAUGAAAAAAGCGGUCAGCAGGCUCGGGACAGUUGUGGGACAGGGGAUCGUGAGGCUGUGGGGGGCUCGUCUGGAGGCUCAAGUGAGGGGGGGAGUCGUGCUGAGGGUGAGCAGUCUGCUAGAGAUGGGGGGAAAAGUGAAGAUGGAUCGAGUAGUGCAACCAUUGGAGGUGCUGAAGAGAAUGGCGAUAAAUCGCUGAGACCUCAGACGCUGGAUAUUGUUUCUUCUGUCAGUAUGGACGAGUCUUCAGUGAUAGGUUCACCAGAAACAACAGCAAAUCUCCCAUCGAAUGCUGCAACGUGUACGCAAGAGCAGAAUGUUCCUGCGAUUGAAGAAUCACAGGAACAUCUCCGCGAACCGUCACCAGAUGUAUCCGAUAAUUCGUCGAUGGAUUUUGGCAUCAUACUUGGAAAACAACCACCAUUCUGGAUUCCAGAUGGGGAUGCGCCGAAUUGCAUGCUUUGUGAUGUUAAAUUUAAUGUUAUUAAACGUCGACAUCAUUGUCGGGCCUGUGGAAAGGUAUUGUGCAACAAAUGUUGCAGCAUGAAAUAUAGGCUUGAAUAUCAAGGAAAUAUGGAUUCUCGCGUGUGUGCCCUGUGCUAUCAACAACUCAUCAGAGCUGAGACUGAACCGGGGGGCGGUGAAUGGUCGUCUGGCUUCCCGAAUAAUGUGGAUGGCGGUAUCAAUUCACCACAGGGAAGACAGCCCAAUCCAAAUAAUCCAAUGGAGUAUUGCUCAACAAUACCACCUUUGCAACAGUUAGCUGGAAAUUUACCACCACCGCCGACUGUUAUGGUGCCUGUUGGAGUUCUUAAGCGUGAGGGAAGCACGAAACAACGGACCGAGGGCCAGAAAUCAGUCAUGUUCAGUGAUGGAAUAAGGCCUGGCUGUGACCUGACAGAGCUCGACACAUCGUGGAAUCCCAAGCCACCGUAUCGAAAGACAAGCAACAAGAGAAUACCAUCGCCAGGACAGCAGUCAGCAACGACAGCAAAGCGUCAAAAUCUUCCACCAUUAGAUCCGCACACCAACAGUUAUAUUCCGGGGGAUACGAAUAUGUUACCUCCAACUGUGACCAUCCACAAAGGCCAAAUCAAUUACCAAGAAGUUGUGGAUUCAGCUGCACUUUACGAGUUACUUAAGAACGAGAGCGAGCCACCAGUGAUGUUUGCAAUUAACAGGAAUCUCUAUGCGUACGUGAAGAUGACGAAUUUAAACUGUUGUGUAAACAAACAAUGCUGGAACGUGACAUCUCGUGGACUGGCAUGUGUCGGUCAGGACGAGGUAAUCCUCCUAGUGGAGGCGCUCCCCGAGGAGACCCAGCUCCCAAAAGACCUUCUGAUCCACAUAAACCAAAUCUACGUGGAGGCAGUAAAGGGAAACACUGUGACAGAGCUCGGGGUGUCAAUCCACCAGGCGGGGACCCUGUUGGGCUCGCGUGAGCACGCAGGCUUCCUCUUUAUUCGGCAAACCUUUCAAUGUCUGCAGAAAAUUGUUCUACCUCCACCGCCCUUCCUAGUGGGCCUCCUGGUGCACCGUUGGGAGACCCCAUGGGCCAAAAUAUUCCCCCUCCGACUGGUUCUACGUCUUGGCGCUGAGUAUCGAUACUAUCCCUGUCCCCUCGUAUCCGUUCGUUUUCGUAAUGCAGUUUACUUUGAAAUUGGUCACACUAUCAUGAAAGUACUGGCUGAUUUUCGUAAUUAUGCGUACACUCUGCCUGGGGUAAGGGGAAUGGUAAUUCACAUGCAGGAUCGUACGACAGAUGUUUUAUUUCCUCGUAAUCGUUACGACCAAGUUAUCAAGGGACUCAACAAUUCCAACGAUCAUGUACUAGCAUUCGCCGCUAAUUUCUCCAUUCACGUUGACUCACACCUUGUCUGCAUACAAACUAAUACUGGGGACGAGAGUAAUUACCAAACCCAAGCUAUUAAUAUUCACAAUAAACCCAGAAAAAUCACUGGUGCGAGUUUUGUGGUGAUAAAUGGUGCCCUGAAAUCAUCAAUGGGUUUGUCAGCAAAAUCUAGUAUCGUUGAGGAUGGACUGAUGGUUCAGAUAAUGCCGGAGAAAAUGGAAGCACUCAAAGCGGCCCUUAAAAAUAUGCACGAUUUUACGAUUGAUUGUGGACGUCAGGGAGUACCUGAGCCUGAUGAGACUGUUAAUAUUAAGUGGGUGGACAAUGAUGUCCAGUUCAAUCAGGGAUUGAAGAGUCCCAUUGAUAAUAGGCCCAUGGAUGGAAUACCCUCGAUUCGAGUUCACAGUGGAAAUGAUUACAUGGGUACUAGUAGAUUUAUUAGGUGGACCGAAGUUUUUAUCAUUAAGUCUGAUGAUCAUCCCAAUGGUGUUCAUGAUCCAGUGGAUUUGAAUAAAUUGUCGGAGGGCAUUGCGAGGGCCACUUGUGCAGCACUGGUGAAGUUACUGGAUCUUCUGGCAGCUGCUGGGCUGACUAAGCUGGCGGUUAGAGCUACAAUUCAUCCGGAUAAUGUCGGCUAUGAAGCUGGCAGCGAAGGUACCCGUCUGCCGCCCAUCUACAUGAACAGCUUGGACAACGAGCUCAUUCAAGUCCUCCAUAAAGCAGCCCAGAGCAGCCAGGACACCAAUACAGUGCUCGAACUAAUAUUUCACGUGUUGGAUGACUAAGAGAAUUUUUCUUAACCAUUUGUUGUACUACUUCCAAUUUGGUCCAAUUCAACAGAUUUUAGAGCUUAAGCCUUCUGAGUGGAUAAUUGCAACCAAAAUAACAGCUGUGGAGAGCAGAAUGUAUUUUAAAAAAUAUCAUGCAAAGAUGUUAUUAGAGGUGUCAAGUAGUCGAUCAUUGCGAGUGUCCCAUAAAGGAUUGGAUAUGGACAUUCACGGAAUGAAAACGUCCUAGUAUUGAUUUUAGAGAAGGUUUCAUUUCAAAUAUUCCUCUUGUGCAAUUUAUUAGUUGUUAUAUUUUCCACGAAAGGAUGAGUAUUGACUUUAGUUGGAAAUAAAUUUCGAAGUGCAGGUUUGCUUUAUUGGCAUCUAAAUUUAACAAUUUUCGUUAUGAAGGGGGUCCCAAAACGAAUCUGACGUUUCGUGAGGGUAACUCGAGGCGUUAUUGGGGGACAAAAACUCUAAUUAGCUAAAUUUUUGUCUCCGGCAAAUUUAAGCCGAGGAAAAUCUAUAGAUAAUACCUCAGACUAAGUUUAGAAAAAUCGAAUUCUAUUGAUUUUUUUUAUAGAAUAUUUUCUAUUGAACAUUUCGGUGAAAUCUGCCAAAAACU